CCGCUUUGUCUGUUCCCUCGCGCGCGUGUGUUCUGUAUCAUCACGAGAGCGUAGCGCCACGUUCUGCAGACAACCCGUCCGCGUUCAUUAAAUCUUAUUAUCUGAGAGACGUUCACUUCGGUCAUAUCAGAAGGCGGCUCAUCUUUUUGCUUUCUUAUUUUGCUUUAUUUCCUCAACCCCAAACCCGCUAUUUACUCAGCGUGUAUUUUUAUUACCUUAUUUUGAUUUUGGUAUCUUCAGAGUCGGGAUCUUUGACGGCUCUUCAUGGCAGUCAGAAGGGGACACAUUAGAUACUUAAAAGAGCUGAAUGAUAUGUCGAACGGUUACGAAGAUCACAUGGCCGAUGAGGCGAAGGAUGCCAAUACGAACCUCAUCGUGAAUUACCUGCCUCAGAAUAUGAGCCAGGAUGAGCUGCGGAGUCUCUUCAGCAGCAUCGGGGAGGUGGAAUCUGCCAAACUUAUUCGUGACAAAGUAGCAGGCCACAGUUUAGGGUACGGAUUUGUUAACUAUCUUAACCCUAGUGAUGCAGAAAGAGCUAUCAGUACUCUCAAUGGACUGAGACUACAGUCUAAAACUAUCAAGGUGUCGUAUGCCCGGCCGAGCUCCGACACGAUAAAGGAUGCCAACCUCUACAUCAGCGGACUGCCUAAAACAAUGACGCAGAAGGAUGUUGAAGACAUGUUUGCACGAUACGGCAGCAUUAUCAACUCCCGCAUUCUUGUCGAUCAGGCCACAGGGCUUUCCCGUGGUGUGGCUUUCAUUCGCUUCGACAAGAGAGCAGAGGCAGAGGAGGCCAUUAAAGAUUUGAACGGGCAGAAGCCGCCGGGAUCCACAGAGCCCAUCACAGUCAAAUUUGCUGCCAACCCAAACCAGGCUAAAAACACACCGGUCAUUUCUCAGAUUUCUUACCACUCGCAGUCUCGACGCUUCGGGGGUCCCGUCCAUCACCAGGCCCAGAGAUUCAGGUUCUCGCCCAUGAGUGUAGACCACAUGGGCGGUGGCGGCAUGUCUGGCGGUAACAUGGCCGGAAGCUCCUCGUCGGGCUGGUGUAUUUUUAUCUACAACCUAGGCCAGGAUGCAGACGAAGGCAUCCUGUGGCAGAUGUUCGGUCCCUUCGGAGCCGUCACGAACGUCAAAGUCAUCCGCGACUUCAACACCAACAAGUGCAAAGGAUUCGGGUUUGUUACCAUGCCAAACUAUGAAGAGGCAGCCAUGGCUAUCGCCAGCCUCAACGGCUAUCGCCUCGGGGACAAAAUUUUGCAAGUGUCGUUCAAAACAAGCAAGUCGCACAAGUAGAAAGCAGGGUUGCAAGGCAAAUGAAGGAGAGGCAUGUUUUCUGUUAAGCCAGAAAUGACAUGGAGUUGAAACAAGAGAAACUAUUAUUUUUAGUGUAAUCUUUGCGAACGUUCAUGUUUCUCUGUCUCUGUUUUUUUUUAUAUUGAAGCUGUUGGACGCUUCAAUGCAAGUGUUUUUAGGCGUUCUGGUUAUCCCGAUAUUCCACCAGAUUUGCAUUUGAUGAAAAAAUUUGUGUCUGUUAGCCUGAUUCUGUUGCUGUGUGCCAUAUACGUGGUCGAACACUUCAUUCACCAGGUGCUGGAUUUAAGACCCCGAUUUUUCUGUUUCGCUUCUCUCUUCAGUGUUUAUGAUGCCUUAAUUUGACCCAUUUCCCCUUUUUGCUCUGAAUUAUGUAGCACUUUUUUGGUUCACACAGAAAUAUCUCCGGUCUUCACAAGUUCAUUCAGAUGUUGAAAUCUGAGUUUUAAAUCCAGCAUCCUGAGCGAUCAAUAGAAAUAAGAAGGCAAGCUUGAGUGAGUGCGAAAUUGACAUUUUUAAGAUGAAGUCUUGAACAAACUAAGAUGUUUUGUAAGGGACCCUCUGAAAAGAUCGAUAACUAAGUAGGACCAAAGAAUUGAAAGGUGUAGUCUCCCCAUCAGAGGUGCGGGCUGCACAUCCCUAAGCAUAUCCAAAAAAAUAUUUGGACAUUUAAAUACUAGGUACUGAGAAUUUGUGUAAAACACACGUAAACACAUUUGAGCAUCAGCAUCUAAUGGUUAAUGUUUUCGUUUUGUUUUGUUUGUUUGUUUUCUUUUUUCUAGGCUUAAACAAUACGUUUUGGUUGUUAUUUUGAAAAGUAGAUAUCCAGUACUAAUCCAUAUGCUUUUUAAGACUUUAAGCCUUGUGGCUUUUUGUGUUUUGUUCUUUUUCUUUGCUUUUGUGGUUCCUUUUGAAACCUUUCGUUUGAUUUGUUUCCCAUGGCAUUUACAUUCAUUAAAUUUUAUUUUGUUUUGCCGAA